ACACACUGCAGCUGAGCUUUUCUCUCACCGCACGACAACACCAUGGAAAAGGAAACAGUUUUCUCUCUUUCGCACGCGAAUGAAUGAAUGAAUGAAUAAUAAUAAUCACGUGCCUCGCAUGCCUAAAGAACUUAACAUGAUGUUGUGUUGUAGUAGUAGUAGUAUAUCACCACCACCUUUCUCUUCUUUCCUCAUAAAACAAACAAACAACAUUGCUUCGCUUCAUCGAUUCCAUUACCAAAUCCACACUUCUUUCUCUUCUUCUUUAUUCCAGCGAUGGCGAAGAAGAGAAAAUCAAUAGCCACAACCCUUGAUGAAGUUGAUCGAACCAUGUACGCUUCGUUUUGUAGUGCUGCUAAUUCUCUCUCCCAACUUCACAUGCAAGCCCUUAAUCAUCAGAAACUCUCCUUCCAAGCUGGUCAACGUCAUGGCCUCGAAAAACUUUAUCAGUGGAUUUGGAGACAGCAAGAAGGUGGAUCAAGAGUUGCAACAGUUGAUAUACUUAACUACAUUCAGAAUGAACUGGACUAUUUUGGAGAGGAGCAAUCCACGUCACCUAGAGCGCCACUACAACACCAACAGUUACAACCAGCAGUGCAUGUUGCUAGUUCUGGCUUUCCAGUAACAUCAGGUUCUUCUUGCCAGACAGUUAUAGGGCAGGGACUGCGGUCAGAGAACUGGGAUAAUCAAUCCAAGAGUUUUGAGUUUUCAAAUGCUUCAUCAAACUCUGUUCAUCGAAGUCUAGAGCAUUAUCAAAUUGGUGAGGGAGGGAGCUACCUUAGUAGUCCCUCCAUGGGGAGUGAAAGCCUGAACUCUGAAUCCAGCUUUCUUCAUCAGCAAAGAAGGGACUCUACUGGAUUCAAUUCCAACGAUUCUACCAUGGACAUGCAUUCAGACUAGUCCUCCUGCCUAUUGCCUUAUGUACUGAAUACUUUUGUCUGACCAUCCUUCGACGUUACUUGCAAAAGAAGUGAAUAGCCAUUUGAAAUCUUUGUCUGGUUUUGCUCGUCGCAUCCUACAAGAAGUAGCAGCAGAGUGGAACCGGUUCAGUUAAUCUACCAAUAUGCUCGCUCGUCUCAUCCGAGUGGUUAGUUUGAAUGCUAAAUGUACUUUGUAAUGCUUUUUUGUUGAGAUAGUUUAAAAGCAUUUCGAUUUGUACUGUCAUUGUCUCCCCAACCCUCUUUAUCAAAGAUAACUAUAUCAACUGUUGGGUUGCUUCUAUCUGAAGUUCAAUAUGAAAAUCUGUACAUUUUGCAGUAGUUUUAUCAACAUAUGGAACAAAAUCUCCCAUUAGGUUGCAA